UCGGCGAAGGCUUGCGUUUGAAGGCUGAUAAGGAAAUGGAUAAGUUGGAUCUUCCAGUGAAGGAAUCAGAGAUUGACAGACAGUGUAGUCUGGUCACGAAGGAGGCACUCAACACGUAUGAUGCCAGCGUAGGCAAGCAUGCGAAGGGUGCCCUUUACGCUGCUGCAAGAACAAGGAUGCAAAUGGAAAUCAAGGCGAACUGCAAUGCCGUAACGGUGGAGAACAGCCGACGCAUCCAAGCUAUUCUCAAGAAAGCACAGUCAGCAUAUCAAUCAGCAUACGAGGAUCAUCUCAAAUCGGAAGCGGGGUUCUCCGUUGUCGCAGAGGUCAUUGGGGCAGGGGAUGGCUCUUUGCCCUCGGAAGUGGACGAGGGGAGGACGGGUGCGAACUUUGCAAAAGAAGUGAAUGCAGGGGGGGAGCUGCAGCGGCCAGUUCCGGUCAAGAUGGUUGACCAGAUUCAUGCCAUGGCCGUCAAGCAAGCGAUUGACGCAUUCAGCAGAUUGGUGAAGAAGGAGGGGUUGGCCUGGAUCGGGCCAGGAUAUGAUCCAUACGACCUUGCCGAUUUCCAGAAUGCACAGUGGGCAAAGCGGAAGCUCUUGGAGAUCAAGACAGCAGCGAUGGAUCAGAAAGCAGGCGAGACUGACGAGGCCUACGAGGCACGGCUGGCGACCAUCAUGGCUGAAACCAAGCAGCGGGCAGACGCAGCGGCAGCGGCACGGAAGAAGAAAGAAGCAGAGGCAGAGAAACAGUGUCUUCUGGCGGAAGAACAGCGGCAGAAGCACGCGACAGCAGCAGCCAAGGCCGCUGAUGAAGAACGCGUACGGCGACGCGAGAUCAUAUUCAGGGAGGAAAGUGCAUUACACGCACAGGCCAAGCAUUGGCAGAAGGAGGCCGAGAACGGCGAUCCCGUUGACGUUGGGAGCAGAGUAUCUCAGCUGCUCAACCAUCUGGACAUCCACCACGUCAUCGACGCAAAUCGGCAUGCAUAUUUGUACUCCCGCUCGGGAGGCGCAUGUCAGGCAUGGUUGGACAAUAUGCUGUCCGCACAUGCAUGUACAGUCACCGAGUUGCACAACUACAUCACUUGGGCAGAGCUCACGGCGGCAUGGAAGAAGCGUUUCCAAGUAGAACCGCCCGAGCACCAGGCGAUGGACAAGCUGCUGACGUUUUCGCAGAACAACAUGCCAAGCGGAGACUGGAUUUCUGAGUUCCAACGGCUGGCAAGCACGCCCAAGUUGCCGAUGAACUUUGACGGCAUCAAGCUUUACUUCAUCAAGCGGUCGUGCCCAGCGUUGCAGAAUGUGUUGACUCACGUCGCCGAGACCCUCACCACAAGUGAGGAACUCUUCAACAAGGCCGCGCAGAUCAUUGUGACGAACUUGGCAGCCCGGAAUACGGACCACUCGUCAAAUGCCGGCCAGGGCGCGCAUCAGCAUCGGCCGAAAGUGGCCGUGGUCGCAGCGACAACGACUAGCGACCCUUCUACUUCAAACGAGGCUGCUUCGUCUGACGAGGGAGACAGACUCGCAGCUGCCCAGAAUGGUGGCCGCCCCGCCAAAGGACGAGGACGCGGCAAGCCGAAGGCCAACACCAAUACUUCUUCUGGGCCCGGGCAAGCAGCUCCAGCUCAAGGACCUUGGACAGCGUACGGUCUGACGGAGCGCGGGUAUCGCGUCCGCACCAAGUACCCCUUUUAUGCACCACCAACUUCGCCUACGGAGGACGAGGUCGCGGUGGGGGACAUUCUUGCGUAUGUGAGCAAGGUGGCCCACGAGUUUUGCACGCAUCGGUACGACGACAACAACACACCGCUCCUUUAUGUCCGCAUCCAAAUCGGGCAAGCGUCCUGCAGCGCUUUGCUGGAUAGCGGCGCGACUCGCAACUUCAUCAGCCAGUCCUUCAUGCAAAGGGCCGGCCUUGGACCACAAGUUCGAAGGAAGGCACACCCUACGUCGAUCAAGUUGGCGGACGGUCGAACGCAACAACUCCUUGAUCGCUACAUCGAAGCCGUCCCGGUUUACUUCGCACCUCAUGCAUGCAAACCGGUGACGUUCGACGUCUUGGACACGGACUUCGACAUCAUCUUGGGCAUGCCUUGGCUUGCAAGUGCGGAUCACACGGUCAACUUUCAUCGUUUGACACUUACGGUUCGCGACGCGUUCGCCGCCGAAGUACCAUGUACCAUUCCUCCUCCGCACCCUUCGAUCCGGUGCCAAGUUGUAACAGCCAAGUCUUUUCAGGCCACUUGUGCUUACGAGCGGACCGAAGAGAUCGGCUUAUGUUUUCUUCGAACCAUCGCGGUAGCCGACUCUCCACCUACGGACUUGUCUUCAGACCCCCGGGUGGUGCGGUUGCUCGACGAAUUCGCCGACAUCUUCGAGUCACCUACCGGCAUGGUGCCGGAUCGGCCAAUCUCUCACGAGAUCAUUCUCGAGGCCGGUGUCGUGCCGCCAAAAGGUUGCAUUUACCGCAUGAGUGAGGAGGAACUUACAGUACUCCGCGCGCAGCUCGACGACUUGUUGGACAAAGGCUGGAUCCGGCCUAGCAGCUCACCCUAUGGUGCGCUGGUUCUCUUCGUUCGGAGGAAGAACAAGGACCUUCGCCUAUGCAUCGAUUACCGCAAGCUCAACGCGCAAACCGUCAAGAACGCGGGACCUCUUCCUCGUAUUGACGACCUUGUGGAGCGCUUGGGCGGCGCAAAAUUCUUUUCUAAGCUGGAUUUGAAGUCGGGAUAUCAUCAGAUCUUGAUUCGGCCGCAAGAUCGCUACAAGACCGCGUUCAAGACACGGUACGGGCACUUCGAGUGGGUUGUAAUGCCUUUUGGACUCACCAACGCCCCGACGACUUUUCAAGCGGCGAUGACCAACGAGUUCCGAGCAAUGUUGGACCGGUUCGUGCUGGUCUACUUGGACGACAUUCUCGUCUAUAGCCGGACCUUGGAGGAACAUCUUGACCAUCUUCGACGAGUGUUGGAGACACUCCGGCGUGCCAAGAUCAAAGCCAACCGCGACAAGUGCGAGUUCGUACGUCAAGAGUUGGAAUACUUGGGCCACUUCGUCACUCCACAAGGCAUCAGUCGGUUGUCGAACAAGAUUCAAGUCGUCCAAGAUUGGCCGGAGCCACGAAACGUCACGGAUGUCCGAUCAUUCCUUGGCCUCGCCGGCUACUACCAACGUUUCAUCAAAGGCUACUCGAAGAUCGCGGCUCACUUAACCAAGCUUCAAUGCGAGGACCGAUUGUUUGACUUCGGGACAGACGCGCGGGAAUCAUUCUUGGCCCUCAAGGCCGCAUUGCUUUCCGCGGAGGUAUUGCGGAUAUAUGACCCACUAUUGCCAACGCGCGUCACCACGGACGCAUCCGGCUAUGGCAUUGGUGCCGUCCUCGAGCAACAUGACGGCGUGGACUGGCACCCGGUCGAAUACUUCAGCAAGAAAGUGCCGGCCGUGCACUCCAUCGAUGAUGCACGCAAGAAGGAACUUCUCGCCUUCGUCCACGCACUCAAGCGGUGGCGGCACUUCCUCCUCGCUCGACGCCAGUUCCGAUGGGUAACGGACAACAAUCCGUUGGUCUUCUACAAGUCUCAAGACACCGUCAACAGCACCAUCGCCCGUUGGAUGGCCUUCAUCGACCAAUUCGAGUUCUUUCCCGAUCACAUUCCGGCGAACCGUUUUGCGGAUGCCCUUUCGCGGCGUCCGGACCACUGCACCGCGGUCUACUCAACCUUCGAGAUCGAGGACGACUUGCGGGACAGCUUCAUCCGCAGCUAUCAAGCCGACCCCGAGUUUCGCGACAAGUGCGCGAAUUGUUCCUCUCCCAAUCCGGCGCCUUCGCACUAUCGGAUCCAAGAGGGAUACUUGUUUCUUCACUCGCGGGGGAAGGAUCUCCUUUGUGUGCCGCAAGAUUCACAUUUGCGCACCCGGCUUCUUGGCGAGUUCCACGACGCCCCCACCACCGGACACUUUGGAGUGAAUCGCACGAUUGGCCGACUACGCGAGCGCUUUUGGUGGCCCGGUCUCCUCGACGACAUCACGCGCUAUUGCGAGUCAUGCGAAGUUUGCCGACGUUGCAAACCUCUCAAUCAUCGUCCGUAUGGUGAACUACGACCAUUACCGGUCACCUUGCGCCGAAGGGAAGCGAUUGCCAUGGAUAUCACCGGGCCGUUCCCCAAGCACAAGACGGGCGUCGAUGGGAUUCUCACGGUGGUUGACCGCCUCACCAAGUUUGCCAUGUUCUUGCCUUGCCGCUAUCACGCCAAGGCACCGGAGUUGGCCGAGGUUUUCUACGCCGGUUGGAUUCGAACCAAGGGAUACCCCAAGGAAAUCGUCUGCGACCGCAGCACUCGGUUCAUGUCCGAUUUCUGGUUGGCGCUCAUCAAGCGAUGGGGCUCAUCCCUCAAGCCAAGUUCGGCUCGCCACCCCCAAACCGAUGGCCUAACGGAGAGGGCACAUCAGACCGCACAGGUCCUUCUUCGAACUCUCAUCCGUCCCGACCAAAAGGAUUGGGUCGAGCGGCUGUCGGAUGUCGAGUUGGCAUACAACUCGUCCAUCCAUCCGGCUAUCGGGAUGUCGCCUUUCGAAUUCGAGCAUGGCUCGCCGAUCAACUCUCCGUUGGACACGAUCAUUCCACGGACGAUCGAGAGCGACGACCACCUUCUUUUCAUUCGUCGGAUGCAAGAGCUUCUUGUCAAGGCACGUGACCAGAUGUCGAAGACGCAGCAACGUAUGCGCCAACCGGCCAACCGCCAGCGUCUUCCUUGUCCGUUCCGCGUCGGCGACCUCCUCUACCCCAACGGGGGCCUUCCAGAUGCAGCGCCCACCAAGGUGAUGAAGAUGGCGUCCAUCAUAGCCAGCGGGUCAGACACUGAUGAGGGUGGAGUUGACGAUGCGAGACUGACACGUUCGAGAUCACUUAGGGUCCCGCACGUGUUUCAGACCUUACAACCGGGAGACGAAAGACGGCUUCGUGCCGAAAAUAGAGCCCGUGCUCUCGCAGCAGCCAGGGAAACAGCACUAGCUGCAAGUCAGGCGUUGGCAGCAGCAAACGCAGCAGCUAGAGAACAGGCAGCAGCAGCCAGAGCAGCAGCAAUGGCUAACGGCGAAGCCUCUGCUGCGUCCUCGUCUGGGACCCAGUUGGGAAUGCUCCCUGGGCCCACGGGUACUUCCGGGGUAGUAAGUUCUUGUCAGUCCACAAGUCAAAUGGCGGGCUCGCAGUUAAGCCCGUUGACCCCACGCGGCAGGGAGCUCCUAGAGCUCCAACAAGUUGAAAGGAUCCGCGCUCGGUUAGAAAGGGAACUGAAGCAAGCUACCGACAGAGGAAAGAAGAUCAAAAAUAGAACAGCCAGGCUUGAUACGUUAGAGGCAGACAAAGCUGCACUAGAGGGUUUGGAUGAGUCAGCCAUGACUGACCAAAUGAAAGUGUUGAAGAACAGCGUAUUGUCGCUGCAUGCGCACGUGGACAGCAGACUGGACUUCAUGUUGAACUCUUUGGACCAGAUCUUGGACCUUUUGCAAAGGCCAAGAUUACGGCCAGCAGCACAGUCGCCGUUGCCGUUAACGACGAUGUCAGGCCCCUUUCCAGUACAAGCUGGCACACAGCCAAGUGGUACGUCUGCAGCAGCCGCAGCAGCCGCACAGACUGUUGCUCCUUCUUCUUCUGGGUCAGCGGUGACAGCUACACCAUCACCACAACAACCUGUUCCUCAACAGGGACAGCCGCAAGGUCAAUGGUACCCAGAGACCCCUAUGAAACCGCCCCUUGCCUUCUCCGGAGAGAAGAAGGACGAGGAACUCAACACAUGGUUGAGAACAGUUCCAAUGUGGGUAAGGGCAAAGAGGACUUUGCAGGAGGAGGAGGUGAUUACUGCUGCAUCUUACCUUGAGGGUAAGGCAGCCAAAUGGCUAGAUGGAAUAGUACCAAAGGGCGGGUUCGGACGACGUAUGGCAGACUGGGCUAAAACCCUUACGUUAGAAGAGUUCUUAGACACGGUAGAAGCUCGCUGGCAUAAUCCACAGCAGGCACAAAUUGCCACUGAUGCGAUGCUCGAAUUAGACCAACGAAAGUACAACUCAGUCAGAGAGCUAACGUCUACUGUAGAGAGCCUUAUCGUCGUUCCCGGCAUACGCUACGAUGACCAGGUCUUAUUGACCAUCUUCGUGAGAUAUUUGGAAAGCGAGUGGUCAAGCAAGGAUCCUCGCGAAUCUUGGGUGGCACUAAGUAGAGGUCCUAGAGGCGAACAUUUCGUCAUGGAAGUUGUUGUAGGAGGCCGCAAAUGUGGUGCCUUCGUGGACAUCGGCUCCACGCGGAAUUACAUAAGUCGCGACUGCUUGGAAAGGUUGCACCUACAGGACCGGGUACAGCACCUUAGUAGACCGGUAGCAUCUACUUUGGCCAAUAAGGAGCGCAUGGUUGUCACAGACUAUAUCAAGGAUGUAGUCUGUACCUUGUCCUAUGGAGGAGGGGAACUUCAUCAUAAGAUUUCGUUCCUAGUUAUCGACGACUUACCGUUUGAUAUGCUGUUAGGAAUGUACUACCUUGAGGUUGCCAAGCCCCAGUUCGGCUGGGACAAGAAGGUGCUAAAGCACAAGUUGCCUGAAGGAAGAACCGUGAGACUAGCUAAGUACAAGGCCAGUAGUUUAAUAGAAACCUAUGGCUGCUUGUGUGCAUCAGCGUUCUAUAAUUAUUACAAACAGAACCAAGAGGAGGGUAUAUGGCAAAGAUUGCUUAUGUACUUGGAAGGGAUUAGGUCGGAAGAUGUGAAGGUGGCUAGUAUCAGGGACUGGCCACGACCUCAGACUGUUACUGAGGUCAGAUCUUUCUUAGGAAUGUGCGGCUACUAUAGGAACUUCGUGAAGAACUAUUCCACAGUCGCCUCUCCUUUGACUGAUCUAACUCGACUUGACACGCCGUGGGACUGGAGUAAUGAGUGCGAGGCUGCUUUCAAACGAUUGAAGCAUGCACUCAUGAAUCAUGAGGUUCUCAUGGUGCCCGAUCCUCAGAAGCCUUUCAUUGUAACCACUGACGCGAGCCAAUACAGCAUUGGCGCAGUGCUGGCUCAGCAGGAUGGGAAAAAGCUUAGACCGAUUGAGUAUAUGAGCAAAAAGAUGCCAUCAAAGAAACUGGCAAAGUCCACCUACGAAAGGGAACUCUAUGCUCUCUACAAGGCACUUGUCCAUUGGAGGCACUUUCUGUUGGGACGGUUUUUCUAUUUGAGAACUGACCAUCAGACCCUUAAAUGGAUCAAGACUCAACCGGCUCUUUCUWAUGCACUCAAGCRYUGGAUUGAGGUCAUAGAUCARUAUGACUUCAAGCUMGAGUAUCUGAAGGGAGAGUACAACAAGGUUGCAGAUGCGCUAUCACGUAGGGCAGACUACCUAGGGGCGCUAGUUUCUGAGUUUGGUGUAUCUGAAGAAUUAACUCAAUCGCUGGUGGGAGCCUAUCAGGAAGACCCUAUCACGAUGGACAUCAUACGCAAACUUCAGGCAAAAGACAAGGCCACAGAAGAUGAGUUUGUGAUGGUGGACGGGCUUCUCUUUCUUGAUAAGGCCGGAUUUAAAAGGCUAGUUGUUCCAUCUAGUGAACGUUUGCGAAGUUUAUUCUUAGGAGAAUGUCAUGACGCAACCGGACACUUUGGCUACAAAAAGAUGAGUGUCAAUCUAGUACAACGAUUUUGGUGGCCCGGAAUGCUAGAAGAUGCAAAGAAGUAUGUGGAGACCUGUCAGGUCUGCCAGCGGGACAAGCCGCGAACUCAAGCACCGCUUGGGUUGCUGAAGCCCUUACCUAUCCUCGCUGGUCUGGGACAGAGUGUUUCCAUGGACUUCAUGGACACCCUGGUGACCAGUAGGAGUGGCAAGAGCCACAUCUUUGUCAUCAUAGACCGAUUCACCAAGUACGCUAGACUAAUUGCCAUGCCAGAGACCGCAAGGACUGAACACGUCAUCAAGUUGUUUAUGGACAACUGGGUGCGUGAUUUUGGACUACCAAAGUCAAUCGUUAGUGAUAGAGAUGUCCGAUUCACAAGACCACCGAGCUUUUCGGCGGUUCAGGGGCAAUUUGUAGCCCAGCCUCCACCCACGCAGCAAGCAUCGCAGGCUAGCGUGGCGGGAGGGGCGGCAGAGGCCAAGGUGGACGAGGAGGUGGAGGAAGAGGACAAGGGCGAAAUGGCGGAGGCCGUGGUGGAGGAUGGAAUGGUCAAGGAGGUCAGGGCCAAGGCAACCAAAGUGGCACCCCCUCGAAGGGAACCUGAGCCCGAACGCAGGAAAGAAGUAGUGGAGGUCCUGGAAGAGGAAGAGGAGGAUGACGAUGAAGAGGAUGAGAGGCUCCGACAAGAGGAAGAUCGGCGAGCGGAGCUAAGGGCCAGGAAGAGAGGGGUUCAGGAAGAAGCCGAGCCAAGCCAGCGCAAUAGCGUACCUAAAAGGAAGAAGUACGCAGUUCAGCUAGAAGAGGGCUUCGAUGUGGAAAGAAUGGUGGACAGGCGUCUAGAAGGUCAUAAUGACCUUAUGAACCUGAAGGAUAUUAUGGCGUCCGCCCCAAGGCUCCGAGAUAGCUUGAAAGGGCGGCUCUCGCGGAGGUUAGUGCCCAAUGUCCAUCCGAGUACGAUCCUGCCAAGAGAAGUAGAGUGGACGGAGGCGGGAACGAGAAUGGACUGGAAAUGUGUGGCAUGUGGUUUGAUGGACUUGGUGGUGAGGGACGAAAAGUGUAUUGCAAUGGUGGACACGGGCGCCGAGAUGAAUAUCAUCCGGGAAAGGGAUGCGAUUAUGUUGGGAUUGGAAAUCGACCGCUCAGACCACGACAUACUGCAUGGCGCCAAUUGCAAGGCAGUCUUUUGCGGCACGACAUCCAACGUGAUUGUGGAGAUCGACAGAGUACGGGCGAGGGCUUGCUUCUUUAUCAUGCCAGACGUUGAUCAUCCUAUACUCUUGGGGAGAUCGUUCCUGUGCAGGACAGAGACUCCGAUUUUCAAUAAGCACAAUGGGGCGAUGAUCCUGCUGAUAAGUGAUCCGGCCUGUGGAAAUUAUGAGGUUAUCACCUACCGAAACACAGGGUCAGGGAGUGGAAGGAAUAGGCCUAACCUCGGCUCCUUCACUUAUGAGGAAUCUGAGAACGAGCGGCGAAGGCUCUGGGAGGCGCCUGAGGAAGAAAGAGGGGCCGAAGUGCUGUCACUGAGCCUCACUGAUGUGAAUAAAGCCAUGGAAGUGGUGCCAACACAUGAUAUGGCGGACCCAGAGGCGAUUAAGGCGGUGAGGGAGCAAUUUCUGGAAAGCCCUCAAGUAGGAGAGGUGGAACUAAUCUACCGGCUUCCAGGUGGGAGAGGAGGCCCUGCGAUGGCGCAGGCACAAACAACGAGCCGGCCUUUUUUAGGGGACGGCUUAAGCAGGGCUCCCAAAGGCGGUACAAGACGGAAGUGUCGCCCAGUUCCCAUGCUCGUUACUGAAGAUGAGGAAGCCUAUUACGAGCGGGAGCGAGGAUUGAUACGGCGCAUGCGAGAGCAGGCAUCGAGUGGUCCAUGUCGUAUCAAUGAUGAGAAUGAAGGGAAGCUGAUAAUUGGAGAGCCUGACUUCCUUUCACCCCAAGAGAAGGCUCUGAUGGUAGGAUUAAUGAAGAAGAGGCAUCGUGCAUACGCUUUUAAUGACGAUCAACGUGGGAGACUGGAUGUGGACAAGAUUCCGAUGAUUCGGAUCCACGCCGUCCCACAUAAGCCAUGGAAUCUAAGAGGCGCGCAAUAUCCCAACCCUGACGAGGAAAAGAUGGUGGUGGACUACCUGAAUGGCAAAAUGCGCACACAUGACUUGCAAUGGCUAAAUGCCGUAACAGUGCAAGAUGCGGGAGGAUUGCCAAACGCGGAUGCAUUGUCAGAGUCAUGUGCGGGGAGGCCUAUAAUCUCGCUUAUAGACCUCUAUUCUGGAUAUGACCAGUUUCUUGUGUACCCGCCGGACAGGCCAGUAACGGCAAUGCAUACGCCAAGAGGGCUAAUUCAUAUGAAUGUAGCCCCUCAAGGCUGGACCAAUGCAGUGGCGAUGGUGCAAAGACAUAUGAUUAGAGCCAUGCAGACGGUUAGUCUGCACAUCACCCAACCUUAUAUUGAUGACUUGGCGGUCAAAGGCCCGAGAGAGAGAGGGGAAGACGAAGUGAUGCCUAGAGUAAGGCGUUUCGUCUGGAGGCAUAUUCAGGACCUUGAUCAGAGGCUGAGGGCUUCGCCGAUGGGGCGCCAUGGCCUGCCUAUCCGAUUGGAGGAAGGCAAUGUAGAGGAGUUCAUUCCAGCCUACGAGCCGUAUAUGCGCGAUCAGGGAAUUGUGCGGGAGGAGUGGAUGCAGACAUUGCUCCUUUGGACCAGAAGGGCAGAGAGGCCAGUGGCGAGACAGAUCCGGGAUAGGGCAAGCGAUUGGGAGGACUGUCAGGCUCAGUUGAGACAGGCGUUCCGACAGCCAGAGCCUGAGAGGCCAGAGCCUAGGGUCAAGAGGAGGCGAAGGAGUAAAAGGAUGAGGGAUCCUGAACCAAGGGAGACCAUCGCGACAAGGGGAAGCCGGAAGGCCUUGGCGCGGCGUGCGGAGGAGUCAGUGGUGCCCGCUCAAGCGGUGGAGUCGUUCCCUGCUUGUGAACUUAGGCAAGUGGAGUUUCGUCCGAUCACCAGCAGUGAUCUGCAGGGACCGUCGUUGCGAUCGCCGGAGCGAGAAGAGGGUGGACCGUCAGAGACGCCAUUUAGGAGUCUAGAGGCCCAUCUUAACGCAUCUCAGUGGGGGGCCCCACAAUUGAGCAUGGAUCCGGUUGAGCCACCAAUGGGGGAGCCGCAGGGCCCUGAGCCAGAGGCCGAGUUACACGAGCGACAGGAACCACAGGUUGAGGAGGUCAUUACAGUUGAAGAAGAUACUCCUCCUCCUACCCCGGCCCCAGAGCAGGUGCAGCAGCCCUGGCCGGAAGGAAUUCCUGAAGCAGACAGUGGUAAGGUUCCGAUAACCCCGCAGGAGGAUAUUACGUUGCCCAGACAAAUGGCAGUAACGGAGAGGCCAGAGGAGGGGUGGAGAGCUGAGACCCGCGCGACUAUUGAUUCUCGGUUGCCUGCGCACACGUCCAAGCACCCUGAUAUUGAGAUGCCCGCCCCGAGUGAACCAUCCCUAGGGUCGCCGCGUGCUGAGAGAGGGAAACGUACCGAGGCUUUUGCUCGAGGUACCCACGGAGCGCCGGCAGGGAGGCCACAAAGAGAAAUUGCGGAGGAGAAGUCUGCCAGGGUGCAAGCAUGCCUAGCUGAGAUAUACGAAAGAACGAGAUGGAGGCUGCAGGGGAUGGCAAUCGAGCGGGUGGAUAGGAGGAUAUGCCAGGCGGCGACCACAUCCUUCCACCGAUACACCUUACUCAGUCACGAACUGGCGAUCAGAAGUAAGGAAGUGGAGCAGUUGACUACUCAGCUUGCAGAAGAAAAGGCUGAAAACCUGGCCUGGAGGACGCGCAUGGAAGCCAAGGAAGUUGAAUGGGAGAAGAGGCUCCAAGACAUGGCGGCUGCAGUAGAGAGGCUUUCGGCUACCAAGGUGGUCGAUUGGACUGAGCAUAGUAGAUACGGCAUUCAGGGUGAGGGAAUGAAGGGACUAUUUGGCCAGGGAGGCGCAAGAGGGUCUUCUCAGCAGGAAAAACUGAAAAAGGUAUUCCUGGAACCGGCCGAGGCGGAGACGAAGAGGAAGGUUGAAGAGGGGAGCUUUGAGUUUAAGACCCCCACAGAGUUAGCCUCGCAGCAGGAGGCCCCUAUGCUAUUUGAGGCUCCUGUUGAGGGGCCAACUCAGGGAUCUCAGCCCGCACAUGCUGAGGAAGGGUCUGCAGAGGACUCCCUUGUAAUCCUGCUAGAGGUACAGGGAGGCACCCUUACAGAGGCAAUGGUACCUAGUCAGCCUAAGGCAGAAAAGAGGGAGGUGUCGCGCCGGGACGAGUUGGUAGCUGCAAUGGAGGUGGAUAUGCCACUAGAGAGACCUCAGAGACUGGAUACUCCUAAGCGCGUGCCAGAGAUGGGAGAGUUGAGAGCCCAAUUGGGUUCUUGGGCCACAGGGACAGAUUCAGGAGGGCAUGUCUCUGGGCAGCAGCAGCAGGAAGCCACGAGCCAUCCUGCCAUGACAGUCGCUUCCCAGUCCUCAUCUCCACAUGGGAAGAAGAAGAAGAAGUUUCAGAGGAAGUCGGAAAAUAUGUGUUUCUAUUUUCGGACGGCAUGCAUAGGGCCCUUGAGUGUACGAAGUUCCUCGCGGACAAGGCUGCAGGAAGAGUUAAUGAAGAGGAUGGGAGGAUAUGGUGAAUUACGGGAGGCUGUAGAACCGCAUGCUGCGGUAGGAGCGAUCGUCACAGAGCGCUACGGAGCGGACGAAAAGGGAUGGGCUGGGGGACGACUGGCCGACGGAGAGCAGGCAGCGAAGUUGAUCGCGCAGCGCUGCGCAGCGGCAUGCGGGGCGGAACCUGGGCGUCAGUGCGGGCCAGAUGCAUUCGAUAUGGGGAGACAGCAAGGGGCGAUGGCGAAGGGAGGAGCCGGGUGCGAUCGAGAAGGCAUAGCACUCUCGAUUCCGAACGAAAACGAGAAAGAGAAAAGGCGAUCCCAGGAUUCACUAUCCUCUCUCGUACCUGUUUUCUGUUUGGCACCUGACCUAACACCUGGCCAGCCUGGCUACAGCUAAGUUCGAUCGCUUGCUCAAGGUUGCUAUUGCAGCUAUUGAGAAGCGAUGCAGUGCCAUGAUAAAAUUUGCUGACAAAA